AUGAUCAGAAAUCUAGAUUACACCAAUUUUGUUUGCUGUGCUGUUUGUAAUAAAAUAAUUCCACCAGCCCCUUUUGGGGAAACCUUUAAACGGAUCCAUGAAUACAAGCCAUUUAAGACACGCUUUUACACUCACAAAGAUAUACUUGAUAUUGGGGCAAGUAUUUUGAAUCAAGAAGAACAAUUUCAAGAGGCUGUACUCAAGGAAAACAUUGCAAAAGCAGAAGCCAACGUAUGGAGUCAGGCUCACAAACUCCAAAGACAAGCAGUGGAGAAAGCACUUGAAGACACAAAUGCAAGACACAAAUUUGAAAUUCAGGUUUUGGAAGAGAAACAUCAAAAAGAAUUAAAGGAUGUAGAAGCUAAAACCAAGAUGGAGAUGUUUCAAAGCAUGGAUAAUGAACUGAAGAGAGAACAUUCAGCUGCGGAGCAACGUAUGGUCCAUAGAAUCCAGAGGAUUAUGAUGGAGUGCCACAGAGAGAAGGUGGAGGCUGUGAAGAAAGCCAGGGAAGAAGAAAGACAGAUUGCUCAGGAAGCCAUCAAGUCUCAGAGAAGCAAGAUCAUGGAGGAACUUAUGAGCACUGGUGUAAUGACUAUUAAAGACCAGAAAGCAAGCGUGGGCCAGUUGAUAAGAGCAAAGGAGCAUGAAAUGAACACCUACCAUGGCUUGGCGCAGAGGCAGAAGCAAGAAGCAGCGCAGGAAGUGCUUCAAGAAGCAGAGAAAACCCACCAGGCCACUCUGGGCAAUGUGAUGGAUAAGCUGGUUAACACCCAGGGGGAGCUGAUGUCUGUAGCAAAGCAACUGGGAAUCAUGACAAACUGGAAAGAGUUUCUGGAGGAAGAAUUAGAGGAAACUAGGGUGGCGUUUCAAAAGUACAUCAAUUACACCUUUCCUAAGCUUUCACCAGGGCAUGCCAAUUUUAUUCUGCCAGAAAGAAAAAAAAAAGCCACCUUCCAAACUUAA